AUGGACGUAUGGGAAGGUCUCGAUACCUAUUCCGACGACACGAAAACUGUCGCGGAGUUUGAGGCCGAAAUAUUAAAAGGAUACCCUGAGGUGUCCAAGCAAAAAACGGGGACCAUGGCAGAUCUAGACCGACUCUGUCGCAAGAACCGUGGAAUCAAAAUCACGGAUGAGGGAGAUUUGAAGCAUUUUGGCCUUCAAAUGUAUAGUCACUACAAGCGACUGUCAGUCCCUCCUGCCAUUAUUACCAACAAGGUCACGUGUGAACGCUAUAUGUGUACUUUAGACUCCGAGUUCAGUACCGUCUUGCAAAAUGCUCUGGCUACAAGUCAAGUAUUCAACAAGCGCUACCAAACUCGUGCCAGGAUAGCGAACGCUAAUGUCCCCGUGACUGGAGUCAAUCGGCAGGACAACCCCAUCCAGUUGAAAGAAUUAAUGACGCUGGCAGAAGAAAUGGUGUCGACGUUGAGCAACGAAGACAAAAUUCCCAUAAUCGCGCGACCUCCCAAGGUUCGCUUCGACUAUGAGACCAGUCCACCCAACCAUGCUAAGGUUGAGGAGUUGGAAAACUCGAUUUCCAACUUGAAGGACUCAUUUCUUCUACAUUAA